AUUAAGCAUAUAUAUUCCACACAUAAAAGGAAAUUAAAUAUGUGAAUCUGUGGGAUACCAUUAGUCAAAUUGUGGAGACGAAGUUCUAGGCGUGUGAAUAUUUUCCUAAGACAUCAUGCAAUAUUAACCAGUCUAAUAUUAACCAGUCUAAUAUUAACCAGUCUAAUAUUAACCAGUCUAAUAUUAACCAGUCUAAUAUUAACCAGUCUCUAUUUUAGGGAAGAAAAGCACAAACUUUAUGGGUUUUUCUACUUUAAUAUGAAGAUGUUCAUAUUAAAGGGCUAAUGAUGUUUAAUUCGAAAGUGGAACCACAUAUUUAAUUUACAACACAACUACUGUAUAUUCGAUGAUGAGGCUGCAAAACAUCUCUUCAUUCUCUGUUUCAAAGGUGAUGCCUCUUCAUAUGAAAUGCAAUAUUUUAAAAAUAAGAAUGUAAAAAAAUAUUUCAAUAAAAAGAAUUUUCCUAAAACGUCUGACUGAUUAUUUGAAGUUUUCUUUUUUUUUUAUCUGUGAAUGUUAAUCUAAAAAGCACACGACUCUCCGAAACAAAACAGUCGUAACUCGGGUUCAGGACCCGAAAUUUUGCGCAUGCGCAUAGCACGCUUAAACGUCGCAACCCCUCUCAAGAAACACACGCUCUCCGGACCAUUUGCACGCAUGCCCAAAACAAAGAUGGAGGCGUCUGACCAUGAUUACAGUUACCCUCUCGCCAAUGCUGAGGCUGAACACCAACAACUCCAUAUAACAGUUCAGAUGGGGCGUUCACUGCCGUCUGUGAAAAAGUGUUUCUGCUGUCCGUCUCCACAGUAUCACUGUCCGUUUUGCGGGCCAGGAUUUUUUAAGCCCACUAAACUGUCAAAGGUCAAGAUCCAUAUGGACGGUCAUUUUAAUAAAGCAGUUUCCUAUAUAGAUUACACCAUUCAUAGAUGUGGACUCAGCUGCAGGAAACGUCAACACUUUCACUGCUUAUACUGCACGGCUACUGUACUCAGGAAAAGAGACCUUAAAGUCCAUCUUUCAUUCUGCCACAUGAAACGCACCCGAACGUCUGUUCAGACAUCGGACUCUUCAGCGCCGGCACAGGACCCAAACCCCACACGGUCUGCCCAGGACUCAAAACCUACACAGUCUACCCACAUCCCAAAUCCCACAAAACUUGCUUACUGCACAAAGUUAGAGGAAGUUCUGCCUUCAUGGCUUAACAACACUCUCCUCUGUACCAUGCUCCGGGACCCUGUAGUUCACCCGCGCUCAGAGAAACCCUCCGAGCUUGAGCCUCUUCACUCUCCGGACCUUGUUGGUACAUGUGCGAAAGAGAAUAAAAUAAAGAUGGCCAAAGAUCAUGACUGUGGUUCCAACCUUGCUGAGGCUGAACCAAAGGAGAACAAACUCCAUAUUACAAUUCAGACGGGGCGUUCACUGCCCUUUGUGAAAAAGUGCCGCUGCUGCCCAUCUCCGCAGUAUCACUGUCCGUUUUGUGGUCUAGAAUUUUUUAAACCCACAAAACUGUCAAAGCUCAAGAUUCAUUUGAGUCGACAUAUUAAAAAAGCAAUUCCCCAUAGAGAUUACACCAUUCAUAGAUGUGGACUCAGUUGCAGGAAGCAGCAACACUUUCACUGUUUGUAUUGUACGGCUACGGUACUCAGGAAAAGAGACCUGAAAGUCCAUCUUUCAUGCCACAUAAAACAUACGGAAACUUCUCCAGCUUCUGACCAGAGCUUAAACUCUUCUUUUGCGAUGCCUACCCAAACCCUGACCCCUACAUCCUCUGCCCAGACACAAAGUCCUGUAACGUCUGUCCUGAGCCCAAAGCCAACCUCACUUCCCCUCAACCCCCAAAAACUAGCUUGUAGCACUAAGUUAGAGGAAGUACUGCAUUAAAGACCAAACAAAACUGACCCGUAUAGCCUUCCUCAGAACCCUCUAGUCCAAACAUGUGUCAAACAACUUUCUGUGGUGAAACCUCGCUGCUCUCCAGAUUGUGGUGGUAAACGUGUUAAGGAGAAUCAAAUGAAGACGGACGCUCAGGACCAUGAUGGUUACAACGUUGGUGAGCAAUCAUUGAGGAAAACAAAAUCACGCCAUUCGUAGAUGUGGACUCGGUUGCAUGAAACAGCAACUGUACAGCUACGGUACACAGGAAAAGAGACCUUAAAGUCCAAAGUCCACCUUUCAUUCAGCCACAUAAAACACACAAGAACUCUGUCGGAUCGGGGCCCAAGCUCUUUUUCUACAUCCAAGGAUUUAAGUUUUGAGACUCUUGAAAAAGACCAUAUCCCCAGAUCCACUGCCCAGACCUCACGCCAUAUAUGACUCGGAGCAGAAGCCCUGUAGCACCCCCCCAGGGACCCAGCAUUAUAUUGUCUACCAUAGUUUAAGCCCUACGUUACUUUUCCUUGUCCAAGCCUUACCAGUUUUCCUAGUACCAUGAAGUUAAAGAAGGAUCUACCUGUACAAAUAACCAAAACCUGCUCUUGGUUAUAGUCAGUCUCCCAUUCUUACAGACUCAUAAAAAACCUGUUAACAUGAUAUUUUGAGUUAUGGUUAUAGAAACCUCAUGUGAAGAUGUUUUUUUUCUACAAAUGAUAUUUUGAUAUUCACAUAAUGACCAAAUUGUGACAUUCUGUUAAUUCAAUGCUGAUUUUCACAAAUAAAUGUGCAAUUUUUUCACACAACAGCAACUUUAUGUUAUGUUAAGAUAUAACAGAUGUAUCUUAGGUUGGCAUCAAGAUCACCUAAGACAUAGAUAUUUGAAUGCAUACUGGUUAAACCAAGACCAUUGUGUAUGUAUGUAUUAUUGGUAUUACAGUAUAAUAAAUUUAUUACAUAAUCA